AUGACCAAGGGGUCAGAUGGCAACGCGCUACAGCAUGCGCAUCGCAUUAUCAGGUUUGACCUGAUCUGUCCGUGCAUGCAUUUAUCAGCCUUGCUUCGCCUUGCUAAAAGCGGGCCAGAGGCGAAGGAUCGCCUUUGGAGAAUAGCAUGUCGCGGCCGAAGGCCCCUAUUUAACCGACAAAAACACCAGGGCAAUGGACUAGCAGACCGUGCCGCCGGCGCUCAAGCCGGUGGAGAAAAGGCACUGCUCCGUGACCGGGCGGGCAAGAGGGAAGUGCAGCACGACGAGAGCGAGGACGUUGAGCGACGCACCGAGUUAUAUACUCGUGGGUGUUGGGGCCGGUCGGCGGUGGAGGACGGCAGAUGCCUGUUCGGGGAAGGCGUGGGCCGCUAG